AUGGAGACGAUCAUGUCGACAGACAUGGUCCGACUGCUAGGAUCUGUUGCCUAUCACGCUGACUGCUUCCGCUGCGUCCUCUGCGCGCGCUGUCUCUCUACGGGGGAUGAGUGUCGAUCCCUGGGCGAUGGCGUACGAUUUGUCUGCAUGGAGCACGGCACCUCCACCACCAACCAGAGACUCUGCCAUUUAGACACUCCGAGGAGUCCCUCUCGCUCCGACAGCAUCUUUGAAGGCAGUGGUGGUGGUGGUGGUGGUGAUGGAGUUAAACAUGGAGGUAGAGAAACCAUAUAUUACGAGCACCAGGACUUUUACGCUUCCACAGAAGCUGGUCUGGGUCACUUCGUAUCCAGCGAACCGGAGCAGGAACGGGAGAUCGACUCGCCCAUGUACACGAGCAACCUGGAAGGCGAUGACCAAUCGGAGGAGUGUGGACUCGAGCUGGCCGAAGUGGAGGGAGAGGUGGAGGGCGGAUCAAAAGCCACCUCGGGACCAGAUGAGGCUAGUGGUAGUCCCGCCUCCAAUGAAAUUUCGGUUUCUACCACCACCGCAGUGUCCACUCAGGCCUCAUUGGAAGGCAGUGGAAACACCCUCGUCACAAAGCGACGCGGACCUCGUACCACUAUCAAGGCUAAGCAGUUGGACACCCUAAAACAGGCCUUCGCCACCACACCAAAACCCACCAGACAUAUUCGUGAACAAUUGGCUCAAGAGACCGGUCUCUCUAUGCGCGUCAUUCAGGUAUGGUUCCAAAAUCGUCGCAGUAAGGAGCGUCGGAUGAAACAGCUAUCGGCGCUGGGAGUACGAAGGUCCUUCUUCCAGCAGCAACAUCACAAUCACCACCACCCUGUCCGACGAAUUCGGAUGGGGAGCGGUGGCGGUGGCGAAACCAGUGGUGUCCCUUCGCUUGAACCAGCCUCCUUCGGGCCUGACGACCUGCCUCCCGAAGUAAUGGCGGAGCUGUUACAUAUACCAGUCCUUCCACCGCCGCCGCCACUACUUCCACCUCCAGGAUAUCAGACUGGUCUUUUCUGCGUCGAGGCGCAGCGAGAAUUUUACAACACAAUGGCGGCCGAGGCUCCGAGUACAUUCCCAAUAGGCGCUUCGAUGUUCUCCUAUGGACCUUCACUGUCCCCACUACCACAAUCAGGAUACCAGAAUCCUUUCACCGGAGGAGGUCUUACUUACUCCUCACGACACGAGAGCAUGGUUAAGAAGGUACCUCUUUCACCCGAGCAUCCCCUUCUGCCACAAUUGCCCUGCGAACGGGAGCCCGGAAAAGCCGCUGAUGAUCAAAUUAGUAAGUGA